AUGGCACCUGAGUCUCACAUUUUCUACCUUUCAGGACAUGUUUAUCUCAAAUCCGUUGACUGGAAUAACGCAAACCACAGAAGGUGCGUCCUGGCAAAGCUUGGUACGAGGAGCAUAUGUUCUCGAAAUGAACAGGGCCGGACCCAAUUCCCUGGCCUUACCCUGUUGAGACUCCUUCCACUUUCGGCUCAUCGAGAUCCUCCACGACAGCUCCAACCACUCCGUCAGCGGGGCCGUCCUCAACUCAUUAACUCCAAAUUCGGCAACCCCAAAUACGUCAUCGCCUUCCGAGGAAUGAUACUAACUCGCCCCACUCUCCCUACAGACGUCUUCUUAAGCGUCCGGUCCUACUUUGGCAUCCUCCACAACAGCCCCCGGCUCCACCUCGCCGUCGAUAGAGUUCAACACUGGGUAGCGCCUCCGGCGGUGCUCCUAACGUCUGGGUCACCGGGGAUCCUGUUUGUUUCUGGUUAUGUUGGGUAUUUUGAGCAGAGGAUCAAGAUGAUCGAGCUCGGGGCUGCAUACUUGAGGAUCUGGCUACAAAGCUUACUCUUAAGAGCUUGA